UAUCACAAUCGACGGAUAUUCACGUUCAAGCUUGCAGGGGAAUAUGCAGCCCCGCACUUUCUUACCAAUUGUUGUGCUAAAUUUGGGAUUAAACAUUAAAAACAAGCGAAUUAUAUGGACUUUCUGCUGGAAAUUAAACAAAUGACAUGUGUUUUCAAGUGUACCAAAUCUAGAUCGAUAACCAAUGAUGUCUGGCCCCGCCAGUUUACCAGCUGGCAUGGCAGUGCUGAAGGCCAUGAUGUCCAAGAUCGAGGAUAAGGGCAGUCAUCUUAAGGACAUCUGGUCGGAGCUUCUUACCCUGAUUGUUGAGUACCAGGAACAACUGGCCCUAAAAGAGACGGAGAUAUUGGCUGCGGAGGAAGGGCGAGUAGGGGAGGAUGGAGGUCGUUCUAAUCGGAGGGGAGGUGAAUGUACAGGAAACUUGGAGGACGAACUUAAAAGUGUUCGUGAGGAACUCGCAGCUACCCAAGAGGAGCUCAUAAAGGCUGCGGCGAUUCGCGCCGAACUCGAGACUUCCAAACAGGAACUUCAAAUGAGAAUGGGCCCAAUGGCUGAUGAGCUCAGUGCUGUGAAAGAGAGCCUUGCGAAUUAUGGAAAAAGUCGCGAGGGACUUGAGAAUAAUUUAAGAGUCAUGUCAGAAGAGCUUCUGGCCUGUCAAACGGAGCUAAAGAAGGCUGCCAACGUUCGUGCGGAACUUCAAGCCACUAAGAAGGAACUUCAGAGUGUUUACGAGGAAUGCAGGCUAGCCGAGAAAGAACUUAAAGCUGCCCAAGAAAAAUUCAGGAACGCCGAGAAAAUGCGUCAAGAACUUCAAACAUCUAAGGAAGAACUUAAAGCUUCUAAGGGACUCCUUCAAACAAACUUGACUGUCGUGUCUGAGGAACUUGCCACUUCCCAAGAAGAACUUAAGAAGGCGAUCGCAGAACUCGGUUCUAGGCCUACCCGCGAGGAGCUGAACAAAGCUGAACACAUUCGAAGUGAACUCAAAGCUUCUCAAGAGGAACUUGUGAAGAAUCUAAGCGCCAUGACUACUGAGCUUGGCGCAUCUAAAGAGAAACUUAAGAUUAGUGAAAAGAUUCGUUCGGAACUCGAAGUGAAGCUUAAGAAAGGUGAGGAAAUUCAAAUCGCUUUGGAAGGCUCUGAGGCGGAACUCAAGACCAGUUUGGCAGUCAUGUCCGAAGAGCUCAUCGUUAAGGGCAAACUGCUAGAGAAACUGCAGUCGGAAUUGAGGCGGGACGCAAUGGAGGUGGAAGAAGCUGGCAAACCAGGUGGAGGGCAUGUCAUUGAGCUUCAGCAAUCCGUUUCUGCAGCAAGUCAACAUCCCACUGGAAAUGCGCCAACCGAAUACAGGCUCGUCAUUUCCGACAUAAAAGGAAUGAAACCUGGGGCGGUUCUGCAGCUGCCGUCUGCUGAAAUCAUAAACAUGACUAACGAAACCGUCAAGAUCGAACUUCCACAUGAAGCCACCUUCGAACAAGUUGGGGCCCAGGAGCUCGUCACAGCCCCUGCCAGUACUCCACAGGGUUGUACACGUGCAACAGCAUUUUCAGAGAUGAGAGAUGAUGAUGGUUCACCAUCACAUUUUGGGUCUGUGGAGGAAGAAGCAGAGGCCACUUCAGAGUCAUUUACAGGUGAAAGUGAAAGUGAAGGUCAGGUCGACAACACGGAAAGGUCAAAGGAGGAAGCACGUGCACACCAAGUCCAUGAAAACAAGUCUGUUUCUCAUGCUCCAGACAGAAAUAUAGCUUCUAACUCUGUAGAACACGACAUCCAAUUAGAAGAAGAAGAGAGAACAUUGUUCCCUAUAAGUGAUGAUGAGGAGACCGGGUACGAUCUUGCAUCAGACGACGAAUGUGAUCCUGCAUCUGACCCAGAAAACGAUCCUGCAUCAGGCCAAGAAAACGAUACCGCAUCUGACCAAGAAAAUGAUUCUGCAUCAGGCGAAGAGAACAGCACACGAUCGCCCUCACCAGAGUUGCCACCAUUUCCAUCUAUCAGCAGGAGAGUUACAUCAGAAGUACCAAAUCUUACCACAAGUAGAUUCAAUGUUGCUGGGGUCAGCAGCACAAUGAACAAAGUACCUUCGAAAAGCAUCCAGCUGUCUCUCCCAUUAACCUCGGCAUCUUCACCUACGGCUCUUACUGGAAGUGCUAGCCUUACCAAUGAUUCUAGUGAAGCUUCCGAACCAGUUACCAAUGAACCAGCUGCUGGUCCUCCGGCCGAUAAAAAAUCAGCAGAGACCCGAAAGGAUGAGACCACAUCAGAUGCUCCAACAGGUGCCAGCAAGGACAGGGAAGUCGUAAUGAAGAACACACCACGUAGUGUCCAAACACCAACACACAAAGCCACCUCUGACCAAACACGAAACCGUGCAGCUGGUGGAGACAUCCAUAAAACAAAACGAAAGAGGAGAACCGAAUUCGACGUGAUUAGCGCUGACAACCAGGGAUCGAUGACUGAACAAGAAUCAAUCUACGACCUUGUUAAAUCAAGACGCGCAAACGCCAAGUUUGCAAGAACGAAACAUACGAUAAAACGAACGCGUGAUGAUCAGUCUAAUGUCGAGAAACAUAUUACAUUUGCUAAAGAUGGAUCUCUGUUUACAGCUAGCAGCACACCAUUGACUCCUGCUGAUACAUUGGGGAGUGCCCAGUCCAACUCGAAAACCAGUGCUAAUGCCUUACCAGGAAAGGAUUCGCCUCAAACGCUCAAUACCAUCUUGGAUUCAGGCUCAAACACUGCAAGAGCAAACAGUAAUACCAGCGCGUCUAUGUCGUACACAAAUAAUGACAGAGUGACACCAGCAAAGGGUCAACCAACUGACAAUGUGACGAAAUCGAAUUCAGUAACUUCAAAAACCAUUAAUGUGGAAGAAGCAUCAACUACCAACUUGAGCGUGUCAAAUUCAAAAGCCAAAGCAGCAAAGGAACCUUUGACAAUGUCGAAUCCAUUACGCUCAAAGACGACGGAACCAAAUAAUAGAACUGUCCGAUCUCCUGUGAUCUCCCUCAAGAGAUGUGACGACCUGCUAAACUCCAAAUUUCUCCGACUGCAGAACGAUACUGGUAAAAGCAGAGGAAACAUUGGGGUGAUGUCUGAUUCGUUCAAAGAUGGGAAUGGACCGAGAGGCGAACGCAGUCAAUCACCAACUCAGUCACCCAAACAACCAAAAAGAAAUCACGAUUAUUCUGGCACUCCCAAGAAUUCUCAAAAGGAUAGUUGUCGGGCAGUCGAGUUUGACAGCGAUGACGAUUGUUAUAACCUCAAUGACGAAACAGACGAUGAGGACCUAGACCCUGACUACGAACCAGUCGAAUUGAACAAGUCAAAGUACACCUUCAAGGAGCCAUCUGCUUUGAAGUUGAACAACAGACCGACGACAUCCCCAUCACAUGGUAGCCAUACUGGAGAAGGCGGCUCUAACAACAAAUCGAAGCAAUUCACAUCACAUGGUGGCCAUACAGAAGGCGGCUCGAACAACAAAUCGAAGCAAUCCACAUCACAUGGUAGCCAUACCCGAGAAGGCAGCUCGAACAACAAAUCAACUGCAAAGCCAUCCAAAUCACAUGGUGGCCAUACUGAUGAAGGCGGCUCGAACAACACACCGAAGCAAUCCACAUCACAUGGUAGCCAUACCCGAGAAGGCAGCUCGAACAACAAAUCAACUGCAAAGUCAUCCACAUCGCAUGGUUCUCAUAAAAGAGAAGGCGGCUCGAACAACAAGCCAAAGCAAUGCACAUCACAUGGUAGCCAUACUAAAAAAAGCGGCUCGAGCAACACACCGCAGUCAUCCACAUUAACUGGUCGUCACGCUGUUGGAGUAAAAGGAGCCGGCCCGUUAGGUAGCAGUUACUUAUUUGGACAUAACAUUUUGAAGGCAACCUUGAAAACGGACCAUUACCUAAAGAAUAAACCAAGGCAAGGUCUAAAAAAACCGCAACCAACAGAUAAGAUUUUUUCGGUUGGAGAAGUUACUGACAUGUCUCAAAAAGGACAGGCACAAUCGUUAGUCCAAGAAAAGCAAGGAAAUUCACAGAUCUAUGGCUGCAAAGAUUGUGGAAAGGUAUUUACAUGCAAGUCGUCUUUGAUCCAACAUGGACUUGUUCAUACCCAUGGGGAGAGCUCCAAGGAUACCACUCAAGGUCGUGGAAACACAGCCGCGUCAUCACUUUGUGCCGCGAGGAAUGGCAUAGGCGCUACUGGAACUUCGUCUACCGAGGAAAGCCCAACCGAAAAGGAGUCAGGAAAUACAUUUCCUAUCCCAAAAGGGCCUUAUUAUAGCACUGGACAUACAUCCGAAGCUUUACAAAAUGAUCCCAAUGCAUCUUCAGAAACUGUCAAGCCAAUCACUUCGGGAAUAGAUUUGAGUAAUGGACGUUCAGUUCUUGGCUUCUCGUGCAAAUAUUGUGGUAAAGUCUGCAAGAUGAAGUCCAUCCUGGAUAAGCACAUGGUUUUACAUACGCAGGAAACAGAUUUUAAAUGCGUGUACUGUGAUCAGAGGUUCACCACGAAGUCUACUCUAACCUGUCACACACGUAUUCAUACUGGCGAAAAACCGUUCGAGUGCAAAUUUUGCGGGAAGCGAUUCAUCCGGACGACCUCCUUGAAUUGUCACCUCAUUUCCCACUCUACGGAAACGCCCUGGAAGUGCGACAUAUGCGGGAAAUCCUUCCCGAGGAAGAUCUCAUUGAAGCAGCACGUCACCAUCAUCCACAAGCGCGAGGGUUGUCGAGAAUGCCAUGUCUGCGGCAAAAAGUUCAUCCACGGUUCGUCCCUUCAUCACCACCUCAAAAUGCACGCAGGUAUCAAGCCGUACAAGUGCGACAAAUGUGGAAAAACGUACGUUUCUAAGACCACAUUGAUUACACAUUUGAGGGUACAUACGGGAGAGAGGCCUUUUGAGUGUCUUUACUGUGGGAAACGCUACCACAGCAAGGCGUAUCGGAACAAUCACCAGAAACGCCACAGGACCCCCCCGCCCAAGCCAUGGGCUUGUAAAGACUGCGGUAAACGCUUCUGCCGAGAAGCUAUGUUGAAGUUACACCAAAAUAAACAUGCGGGAAUCAAACCAUUUGUUUGCAGACACUGCGGUCGAAAAUUCACACAUCCGCAUGUGCAGAGGCGACACGAAAUGAUCCACACAGGGGUUAAGGAAUACAAGUGCGACUUGUGCGGGAAGGAGUUCCAACGGCCGAGUAGUUUGGUCGCCCACGGUUUGGUACAUUCCAAUGAGACCCCGUUUAAAUGUGAUACUUGCGGGAAAGCCUUCAAACGGAAAUCAGUUCUGUUAAAUCACGCGCGGGUCCAUACCAAAGAAAAGCCUUGUAAGUGUCAGUGGUGCAAGGCGGCCUUCACUACCAGGUAUGUGCUGAGGAAGCAUCAGCAUAGGGAGCACCCUGAUGAGAUGGUGGAAUUUGAGAAGCAAGAGAAGGAGAAAUAUUAUGCACCUAUUUAAAGAUUUAGGUACAGUGACACUGCAGACAAUAGUGAGGUUUCCCUCACUGAAGGCGAAUGUCAAGGGAAGACCGUUUCCAAAGCGGAUCGAUGACGCAUGAGCAAUCAUGUUACAUCAGGGUGAUUUGGAACCAUGACGAUGAAAUCACAACGUGCGAAAACAACGAACACUCUGUUUUCACUUUUGUCCCGCCGGUAAAUUUACUUCGAAAUUUAGUGCAUGUGAUGACAUUUGUCCAUGUUACCAGAUGAACACAGUGAUGAUCAGUGGGGAUCAUCAUACAUUUUGCCUACCAAUAUCUGUCUCCAUAUUAUACGGUGAGAAGAAUCAGGCAUUAAGAGUAUGUGGCCAAUGUGUUAAUCAUGCCAGUGAAACUCAACUGAUCUCAUGGAGAUGAAAAGAGUACAACUAUCUCAUUUUUUUCCAGAUGUGUAUGAUAUGCCGUCGUCGCUUACGUUAUAGUUCAUCGUAUGUUCUAAAUCGCAUUGUUGUGUUCAACUUAAACAAGGACAGGGGGGGGGGCGCAGCCCCAAUAAUUCUCCAGAGAGAAUAAUAUAGCACGCUUCAUGCUUUGGCCAUGGUAAUGAACACACAGUGUUAGGUAUCGGGAAUAAGUUGAAAAAUGUGCUCAGUAUACCGUGAGAAUGUUUUACAUUGAUUGCCAAUACAGAGGGCUCUACGACUCUGGUAGUUUUUUGAGCGAAUAAAAUAUCUCGACUGACAUUGAAAA